AUGCCGUACUCUAUAUACGUACCUAAUAGAUACAUACUGAACGUCUCUACUCUCGGCCCAUUUCAAAAUGCCACCUCAUUGCAUAAUGAUCGCAUCGGCCUAUUCCAUGGCGAUAUCACCACUUUAUCUGUCGACGCCAUCGUGAAUGCCGCCAACCUCCUUCUCCUCGGCGGUGGCGGCGUUGAUGGUGCCAUUCACCGCGCCGCUGGCCCCAAGCUGCUUCGCGAGUGCCGCACUCUACACGGCUGUCCUACUGGCUCGGCCAAGAUCACCAACGCAUACGACCUACCAUGUAAAAAGGUCAUACAUGCCGUCGGUCCUAUCUACAAUGUUAACGACCCUGCCGAUAGUGAGAUUGCUUUGAGAGGCUGCUACCGAUCUAGUUUGGAGCUUGCCGUGCGCCACAAUCUCAAGACUAUCGCAUUCAGCGCUAUCAGCACCGGCGUCUACCGCUAUCCGACUGCGGAUGCUGCCCACGUGGCUUGUGACACCGUUAGAGAGUUCAUGGAUAGCAACGACGGUCCAAAACUAGAUAAGGUUAUAUUCGUGACCUUUGAGGAGAAAGAUGCUCGCUCCUAUAACCUCCUUCUCCCGUGA